CAUUCAUAGCUCUGUUCAGCAACUGCGUGGUACUAGGGUUUUACGAGCACAAAUGGCAGAGAUGAAGGAGGGUGUUAGGUGGUCUCAGCUCCCAAAAGACCUCUUUGAAUGCGAUCGCCAAACGUCUCAACACUAGCUCUGAUAAUCUCCGACUUCGCUCCGUCUGUUCUAUAUGGCGUUCCUCAAUUCCUCCCUUCAACAAAACCCCUUCCCUCCCUCUCCAACUUCCCUUCUCCUUCUCUCCCCACCCUUCCCUCAAUCGAAGGCGUCGCGGUCACUUCUCUCUCUCCCAAAGCACCACCUACUUACUCCAACCACCAACGGAAAUAAACCCUAAACCAAAAGCUUCCAAUUCUACUCCCUGGUUGCUUAGGGUUGAGGAAAUCGAGAGUGGUAAAAUGCAUCCCCUGAACCCUCUCUCGAAACUCUUGACCGUUAACGUUCCCAAAAAGUUUCCUAAGGUACUCAACUUGCUCAACUUUCGAAUCACUGAAAUGUGUAAAGUCUAUAAUCUUGAGUUUGUUGAUCUUAGCAAGAAGAAAAUUGAGAUGGACUGGGAAGAAUCUAAGUUGAUUCGAACUAAGAAAGUUGUUGUCUCAUCGAAUCCGUGGACAAGUGAUGGUGUUGAUUAUGCAGUGAUCGCCAUUCAGAAAGGAAAAUUGUGGUUCUUGAAAUUUGGGGAUGAGAAAUGGAGUGCUGUUGAUGAUCCAAAACAGUCUCACUUUGAUGACUGUGUGUAUCACAAGGGAAAGUUCUAUGCUGUGGACCAUAGAGGAAGGACUGUAGUGAUUGGUUCCGAUUUGAGGGCUGAAAUUGCAGCUUCUUUGCCUCAGCAUGGAGGUGGUCACUAUAAGCACUUGGUGGAGUCAUGUGGUGAUUUGUUUUUGGUUGAUAAGCACCUCGACACUGAAGAACAAGUUUGGUACGAUGACGAUGAAGAUGAAGAUUCUAAUCUGCCAAUUCACUUGAAAAUUUAUAAGCUGAAUGAAGAAAAAAAAGAAUGGGAAUGGGUUAAAACUUUGGGUGAUCGAGUGUUCUUUGUUGGUGAUGACUGCUCUUAUUGUGUUUCCACUCAGGAUUUUUCAGGUUUGAGAAGGGACUGCAUCUAUUUCUGUGAUCAUAUGUUCCUCGAUGUCAACGAGGAAGACGAAAACCUUGUGAAAAUAUGUGGAGACACUGGUGUUUACAGCUUGGAUGAUUGCAUGUGCGGAGCUCUAGCUACUUUUCCAGAGCUUUCACAGAUUUUCUGGCCACCCCCAGCCUGGCUUAAGCCAAAACCAAGCGAUAUGAAGAAUGAAUGAUAGCUGAUGAGGGACUUUUGCACUUCUAGGGAUGGUGAUGCUUUUGUGAUGUAAUUGAAGGAAGAUAUGGACAUGCUUCGUUACUCUUUUUUGUGUCCAGAUCAUGACUGAGUUGGUUUGUUUUGGUGUAUAUUUUCUAAUUGACUCAAGACAUGCUUUUGGGCUUAGUUUCCAAAUAAUAUGUCCUUAGGAGGUUCUGGAAGGCUAACUGGAUGAUGACUUACUGUGUUCCAUGAUCUAUAAUAAGACAAUAUCAAUGAUUAUCAUUCUUGUUUAGUUAA